AUGAACAAGUUAAUUUCCCGCUGCAUGACCAAGUCAAGCGUGGACCAAACGUUGACAGACCUAGUAUGGAGAGCGAAAUGGUUGCGGGACGCGGAGCCGGGUGCGGCGUCUAGCCUGGGUAUUGAUCUCUCGCAGCUCAUGGUGCGAGCCGGUACCGCUGCCUUUGAUGUUUUUAAGACGCACUACAAGGACCGAAAGCACUGGCUCAUCCUCGCCGGCCAAGGAAACAAUGGCGGGGAUGGCUACAUCGUAGCGCACGCCGCAGCGACUAUGGGCGCCGUAGUGACGGUGUGGGCCAUGCCGCACCAGAAACCCUUGCCAUUGGAAGCGAACAAUGCCAUGAAGGCUUGGGUAAACGCUGGUGGCGCGGUGCACGAGGUUCCUGCAAAUCUUCAAGUACCUGAGGGUGUGGAUCUCAUUGUGGAUGGCCUUCUGGGCACUGGCAUAACGGGUGCCCCUCGGGGUCUUUAUGCGCAAUUGAUUGAACGUGUGAAUGCGUUGCCCGUUGCGCGGGUCUCAAUCGAUGUACCAUCCGGUCUAAACGCUGAGACUGGUGAGUUUUCGGGUACCUGCUUCAGAGCCCAUCAUACCGUGACGUUUAUCUGUGUGAAGCCCGGCCUCUUAACAGGUCGGGCACGGGAUUAUGUCGGUCAGUUACACUACGACUCGCUCGGUCUCGGGGCAUGGCUAAAUGACCCAGAGCGGCGCCUCUCGGCUUUAUGCCUCCGGCUUUCUGCGGAUAGCCUACCACGGUACUUUGGCACGCCUCGGACUCAUUCAUCGCAUAAGGGUUCCCAUGGUAGGGUUGUUUUGGUGGGCGGCGAGAGCGGAUUUGGUGGGGCCGCGGUGAUGGCUGCGGAGAGCGCCCUCUCCGUCGGAGCUGGCCUUAUGCGGGUUUUGCUCGCGAAGGAGCACGUGGGGGCUUUACUAGUGCGAUGCCCAGAGGCGAUGUGCGUGGGCCUGGACACAGCCGCAGGCGCGGGCAAGAUCGAGGCCAGCGUGCGUGGGGCCCUGGACUGGGCUGAUACCGUGGCCGUAGGUCCCGGGCUUGGACAAGGCACCUUUGGCAGAGCCGCACUUGCAGCAGUGCUUCAACACGCUGUAGAGCAUCCCGGAAAGACCGUGGUAUUGGACGCGGAUGCCCUUAAUCUUCUUCCUUCGUACCUCUCCCAACGGAGCUCUCCACUGCGCCUGCCUCACAGCAUUAUCACGCCGCAUGUGGGUGAGGCAGCGCGUCUGUUAGGGUGUGCUGUAGCCGACGUCGAGCGUGACCGCUUUGAUGCCGCGCGACGGCUGGCAAAUUUACUUGGCGGUGUGUGUGUACUGAAGGGUCCUGGUAGCGUUAUCUACAACCACCGCGAGGGUGAUACAGCUUCCGGUGAUGCUCAGCAGGGUGAAAUCCUAUUUUCCCCACAGCAUUGCGCUAUUGUUGAUGCCGGCAACGCUGGUAUGGCGACAGGUGGCAUGGGGGACGUCCUCACCGGUGUCCUAGUUGGCGUAGCCGCACAUAUGCCUCCAACGGGAUGCUCCGGGAUAUUUAAUGUAGCCUGUGCGGGUGCGCUGGCGCACAGUGUAUCAGCGGAUUUAGCGAUUCUUGGGCGCGGGUCACGUGGGUUGCGUGCAACAGAGCUGCUGCCGUACCUACAGGUGUGUGUGAAUGCUUCUUGA